GGCGGGCGGAGCCGGCGGCGGCCGGGCAGGAAGUUCCUCCUCCCGGGCCGGGCCGGGCCGGGCCGCGGCGGGCGCUGGCGGCGGAGGCGGCGGCGGUGCAAUGCGCGCCGGGAGCGCCGGCGGGGGCGGCCGCGGCGGGUCAGCUCGGGAGCCGCCUGCCCGGGGCCGCGGCGCCCCGCACCGGCCGCGGGACGGGCGCCGGCGGCGGGAGGGCGAUGGCGCGGGCGCUGCUCUGCGCCCUGGGGCUGCUGCUCGCCGCCGCGGGGCCCCGCCGCGCCGCCGGCCCCGGGACGCGCGGACGCGGCGCAGGUGACAGCGCGCGGCAGCACCGUGCAGACUGGGGACACUCCUGGCACGUGACCCCGCAGGUCCUGCGGGGCGACCGGACCAUCAGCCUGGCAGAGGCCGUGCAGGGCGGGUUCCCGGCCCAGCUGCUGGUCACCCUGGAGCUUGAGGGAUCGCGGCUGGUGGUGGAGCUGGAGCAAAACUGGGAGCUGGUGCCGGGCGCCGGGGCGCUGCUCUACUACCUGCCCAACGGCACGCGGGCGGCGCAGGAGGCCAGCGAGCAGGAACACUGCUGCUACCGCGGGAGCGUGCGGGGCUUCCCCGGCUCCCGCGCCAGCCUCUGCGCCUGCGCCGGGCUCAGCGGCCACCUCCGGCUGUCCGAGACCAGGAGCUACGGGCUGGAGCCGGACCCUGGCGGCCCCCCGGGCGGGCACGUGGCGCACCGGCCCCGGGAUGCCCGGCUGGUGCCGCGGGCCUGCGGGCCGGGCCCCACGGCCCCCCCGGCGACGGAGACGGAAGCGCCCCGGCCACAGAGGGGCAAGCGGGCGGCGGCGGAGCAGCGCUUCGUGGAGCUGGUGAUGGUGGUGGACCACGCCGCGUUCCAGAACUACCGUGACCUGCCGCGCGUCCGCACCCGCGCCCUGGAGAUCGCCAACCAGGUGGACGCGUUCUUCCAGCCGCUGGGGGUCCGGGUGGCCCUGCUGGCCGUGGAGGUCUGGAGCCAAGGUGACAGGUUCCCGGUGGGCCCCAGCGGCCGGGCGGCGCUGGAGCGGUUCCUGCGCUGGCGUCGCGAGGAGCUGCUGCCGCGGCUGCCCCAUGACAACGCGCAGCUGCUGACGGGCUCCCACUUCGAGGACGUCGCGGUGGGGAUGUCGGCGCAGUCCUCCAUGUGCUCGCCGGCGCGCUCCGGGGGGGUCAGCAUGGACCACUCGGUCAGCGUGCUUGUGGUGGCCACCACGGUCGCCCACCAGCUGGGGCACAACCUGGGCAUGAGCCACGACGGCGCCGGGCGCCGCUGCCGCUGCAGCAACCUCUACCAGGACCGCGGCUGCAUCAUGGACUCGCCCACGGGCCUCACACCCGGCUUGAGCUUCAGCAACUGCAGCCGGCAGGACCUGGAGCGCAGCCUGCAGCAGGGCCGGGGCUGGUGCCUCCUCAACGUGCCCGAGCCCCAGCGGCUGGCGGGGCGCCCGCACUGCGGGAACCGCUUCCUGGAGCCCGGUGAGGGCUGCGACUGCGGCCUCAGCCUGGAGUGCACUGACCCCUGCUGCAACAGCAGCGCCUGCCAGCUGGUGCCCGGAGCAGAGUGCGCCGCGGGGGACACGUGCUGCCAGGACUGCAAGCUGCGCCGCGCCGGGCACCUGUGCCGCGAGCCGCUGGGCGAGUGCGACCUGCCCGAGUACUGCGACGGGCGCUCGCCGCGCUGCCCGCCCGACGCCCACCUGCAGGACGGGCAGCCCUGCGCCGGCGGGCGGGCGUACUGCUAUGGCGGGGCCUGCGCCACCCUCGAGGGACAGUGCCGGCACCUGCUGGGGGCAGGCGCCGGCCCCGUCUCAGGCUCCUGCAUGGCCGCCCUCAACGCGAACGGGGACGAGCGCGGACACUGCGGGCAGCUGCCCAACGGCUCCUACGUCGCCUGCGCCCAGCGGGACGCUGGCUGCGGGCGGCUGCAGUGCCAGCGCGGCGGCCGGCCGGCGGCCUCCUGCCAGGGGACCCCACUGCCCGGUGGCGAGGAUGUGAGCGACCCGGCCAUGGUGCUGCCCGGCACCGCCUGUGGCCCCGGCAAGGUGUGUCUGCAGCACCGGUGCCAGGACGUCUCCGCGCUGGGGGACCAGCAGUGCCGCAGCAAGUGCCACGGGCACGGGGUGUGCAACAACCACGGGCACUGCCACUGCGAGCGGGGCUGGGCCCCCCCAAGCUGCGCCAGCCCCGGCGCGGGGGGCAGCGAGGACAGCGGUCCCGUGGCCCCGGAGCGAGGGGGGAGCGCGCUGCCCACGGCCCUGCUGCUCAGCGCCCUGCUGCUGCUGGCCCUGCUGCUGGGGCUGUGCUGCGCGCGCCGCUCAGGGCUGCACAAGCGCCUCUGCCAGCUCGGCAAGGGGACGUCCUGCCAGUACAGUGCUGAGACCCAGGUCCGAUUCCUGGGUCCGGGAGCCCCAGACGGCUGGAGCGGGAUCUCGCAGCUGGAGCCCCGAGCGGCCAGCCAGGGCCCCCCCGCGCGGCCCCAGCCCCCGCAGUGGCGUCAGGGCACGGAGCUCCGGGUCAUGCCCAGCAGCAAGCCGGCUGCCCUUGGCUCGGCCCGGCCCGAUCCACCCUCCAAGCCUCUCCCGCCUGACCCUCUUCCCAAGAGCUCCCAGGCGGUGCCCGCGGACAGGCCCCCCCCCACGCGCCCGCUGCCCGCGGACCCCCUGCUGCGUGGCGCCCAGCCUCCGGGCCCGGCCAAGCCCCCCCCGCCACGCCGGCCGCUGCCCCUGACCCCCCCGGGGCCUUCGCUGCCCCACGGCGAGACGCCCCCCAGCCAGACCCCUGCCACAGUGAUUCCCUCCAGGCCCGCCCCCCCGCCGCCCGCCGGCACCCCCACCGCGCCCUAGGCCGCGGGCACCGGGACCGCUGCCACGCCGGAGCCGCCGGGGCCCCCGUCGGAGCUGGGGCCGGGGCGGGGGCCGGAGCGGGGGGGCGGGCUGGGGCGGCGGGGCGCCGCCCGCCCCCCCCGCCAAUAAAGCGGCUCUGAACUGCC